AUGCAACGACAAGAACCAGCUAUGACAACAGUCAUCAAUAAUGCACUUAAUGAAGAAGAUUACGAUACAGCAUGGGAAGAAUGCUCGAAAGGAUUGAUUGCCUAUCCAACAAAUCCAACAUUAUGGUACAAUCGAUCAGUAAUUGAUUAUUUGAAAGGAUUCCCGGAAUUAGCAAUAAUGGAUGCAAUAAGAUCAUUGAAAUUAUUAGAAGAUGAAGUAAACAAGAGUAACGAUGAAUUUGAAUUGUUGACUAUCAAAAACUUUAUUAUUAAAUGUUUAGAUUUGAUUGGUAAAUCGAUGGGGGAUGUUGGAAGUUAUGAGAAAGGAACUGAAAUAACGAUCUUGGUUGAACAUGAUUAUUUAUUAAAAGAUUUGAAAACUGAAAAUUGGUGGGCUUUAAGAACUUUAUUUCUUCAACAACGUAUACUAGAUGAUGUUGUUGAAUUAAAAAUGAGAUUUUAUUUAGAGCAUGGACUUGUUUAUCAUUAUUAUUUUAAAGAUUUUUUAUCUGUUGAACAAUUUCAAAAAGCUCAAAAUUUCAGUGGACUUGAAUGGAAACUCACAGGUGCAUUAGGAAAAAGAACAAAAUUUCAAACAUUUGAUGUAACCCAGUUAUUAAUUGUUGCAAAUAGUAGUACUGGAAACAAUGAUGAAAAAAUUGAACUUACCAAACAAAACAACAACAAUAAAAAUGACGAAGUUGUUGAUAAAUUUGAUCUAAAGAAUCAAAAGAAUCUUAAAGUGAUAGAUCAAUGUAUUUUAUUGGCCUUCUGUUUAAAUGUAAAGAAUAUUAAUCCAUCUCAUGGCAUAACCACAGAACAGAUGGUCCCAUAUGUAACACGAGUUCUUGAAAAUCCAAACAAUUGGAUGGUAUACACAAUGGCUCUAUUGCUUAGAUCAAGACUGGAAAAAGAACAUUCACGUACAAUGGAACGAUCUGUUUUACAACUUCAAGCUCUUGUGGAUCAAUUUCCAUUACAUGAACUAUCAAGUGUGAAAGAACGUAUAUUAUAUUUCUAUCAAAUUUUAAUACCAUCGAAAUGGGAAAUGGAAAGAGAAUUGGCCAUACAAUAUUUGUCAUUAGGUGUUGUACGUUCAGCUUUACAAAUCUUUGAAAGAUUGGAAAUGUGGGAGGAUGUGAUAAAUUGUUAUAUUAUUCUGGAAAAAGAAGAAAAAUCCAAAUCAAUAAUACAACAACGAUUACUUGUUACACCAAAUUCACCCAAAUUAUAUUGUUUAUUGGGAGAUAUAGAGAAAAAUCCAAAACAUUGGGAACACGCAUGGGAAGUAUCAGGGAAUCGAUAUGCAAGAGCUAUGAGAUCAUUGGGAAGUUAUUGGUAUAAACAAAAAAAUUUUAUGAAAUCAAUAGAAUGCUACGAAAAAGCAUUAAAAAUCAAUCCGCUAUUUGAAAAUUCAUGGUUCAUUAAAGGAUGUGCAGCAAUGCAUAUGGAAAAUUGGGAGUUGGCUAUUGAGGCAUUCACACGUACUAUUUCUGUUAAUCCCGAAAACUCUGAAUCAUGGAAUAAUCUUGCUACCAUAUUUCUAAAACAAAAUCGAAAGUUUGAAGCCUUCAAUUCAUUUCAGCAAGGAUUGAAAUUAAAUUAUGAUAAUUGGAAAAUAUGGACAAAUUAUAUGUAUACAUGCGUGGAUAUAGGUGAAUUCAAUGAGACAAUCAGAGCAAUGGAACGUAUAGUUGAAUUAAGAUGGAGAAAAGACAGGGAUAAUUGUGUUGAUAUAGAAGUAUUAGAAAUAAUAGUUAAUGCAAUCACAAAAGACAUUAAAGAUAUAAAUAAAUCAGAUUCAAGUAGAUUAGCACCAAGGCUGGAGAAACUAUUAAUUGAAACAAUAACAUCAAAAAUAACAUCAAAUUAUGAAGUGUGGAAAUUGUGUUCAAGAUUUUUUUAUUGGAAGAAAGAUUAUAAACAAUCAUUAGAAUCAGAAUUGAAAGCCUACAGGAGUGUUUUAUAUGAUCCAAAAUUAGAAAGCUCAGAACAAGUAUUUCAUAAAGUCUCAAAGAGUGCAUUAGAGGUUGUAGAAGCGUACCAGAAUCUUGGCGAGUUGAAAAGUCAAAAGAAAAAAUCGAUCGAUGGUAAAGAAGUUAUUGAGGAAGAGAUGGUUUGUGAAGAUUGGUUGUAUCAAGCUAAAACUUUAUUAAAAAGUUUAAUAGGUAGAACUAAAAAAUCUUUUGAAGGAACUGAAACACAUGAUCAAUUAAUUAAAACUUUAAAAGAGUUAAAAUAA